AUGCAAUUGCUCGGGGUCAGAACCCACAAUCAUCUAUCUACUUGUGCAGCUCCUGGCCUUAGGAUUCAGCCUCACAGAGGGCACCUCGGAGAAGCUGGCUCUAAACUUGGCCCAGGGAGUCCCAUUCGAGGCUCCCUCCCUGGAAAUGUCAUACUUUCAUCACUCCGAGAGUCGCUCUGGCGGGGUUCAAUCCUCCGCUCUCCCAGGCGACUGCGGGCCUCCCAGGACCUCGUCGAACCUAACCCGUCUUUCAGUCUGGGGAACGAUGAUCCGGAUCGUGUGGCUGGGAAGAGGGGAGUAAGUCGGGAGGCCUGUGUGAGGGGCGCCCAGCACGGAGAAAUCGACGGGGGAGCGCCAGGGCCUGGCCUCCCGCACGCAGCCGCCGCGGAACCUGUGCAGGUCUCCAGCCCCGGAGUGUUCCCACGGCUAAAGGGAAGUCCCGCGCCGCCUCCAGCGGGCGUCCCCUCGGCGUCAGUGAUUCCCGCCACUCAAGAAACUAGGGACUCCGAGGAGGGCCAGCGCCCCACCGCGCCACGGGCAGGGGGCUGCGCGCAUGCGCACGAGCUAUGCCCGUGGGUGACGCGUGCGCAGUGUAAAGUCUCGGUCUCUGGCAAUUUAGACCCGGAGUACUCUGAAACCGGAAGCUCUGACCAUGAGCUGAGGGGGCCGGGAAGCCCCAGGCUGUCCGGCAAGGCCGAGCCCCUCCCGCUCCAGAGAUCCCCGCCCCGCGAGCGCGGCCUGGCCGCCGGCUGCCCCCGCGUCGGGUCUCGGCUCACACCCGGCGGUGGUCUCAUGGUGACCACGCGUCGGGCCGUGGCACUGGCGCCCUCAGCCUGGGAAGCCGAUUGCCCUCCUCAGCCGCACACUAGCCACCGUGAUCUCGGGCGCCGCCAGUUCUGGGAGCUCAUUCGCCCGCCGGUCGACACCAGACCUCUAGGUUCCACUGGGCCUCUUCCGCGGGCCUUGAGCACAGAAAGAAUCCGGGGGCACUGA